UGACGAACAUCUAUCACAUAAUAUACAUAACAUCUGGCAUCGCGGCCAACUCUAGAGGUAUCUCAUUUUUAUGCACAACAUCCCGGGGGGCAACGCUGGCGUUGCAUCAAACAAGUAAAAAAAUCUCUAUAGUUCAUAGCAUGGCCAGCCGGUGAGCCUCUCCAACCAUCUCCAGCAUACAGUAAACCCAGGUGCCUACAACGCCGAGCUCAACCGAACUUUUGACGAGAGCACUCGCAACCGCACAACGACAUUGAUCCGGAGGUUUAGGCCACCUGGACUCCAAACUUCCAAACCUGCUGCACAGUCAGAUCUCCCUCGAGACCCUCUUCCAGAACCACCAGGUCGGCGUCCAUGCCCACCUCUAGCCUUCCUUUGGUGUUCUCCACGUCCUUACCCAGCAUCUUGGCCGGAGUGCUGGUCACACACUCCAGCGCCUUGGCCGUUCCGCAGCCUGUCCAUCGCUUGAAGUUGUUGACGCAAUCGAUCAAGUCGACCACGCUGCCGGCGAUACGUCCAUUGCUUUCCAGCUUCAGCAGCUUGCCUUCCUUGACGAAGCGAUCUUCUCCUCGCCACUCGUAGGCGCCGUCAGGACAUCCGGCAAACUUCUGCGCAUCGGUCACUAGGAUUGCACCUUCCGGGUGGGCAGAAUAGGCAAUCUUGAGGGUCUGCGCCGACAAGUGGAUGCCAUCGGCGAUGAGGCCAAAGUAUGGUUGCUUGUAUCGAGCUGCCUCGUCUUCUAGCUCCGACAUGGACGUGCUGAUACUGAGACUGGAGCGAGGGGUUGACCUUCUCGAUGACCGCGGAGAGCCUUGUGGUGAAGUCGAUGGGCUUGCCGGGCGACUGGUCUUUGGAGUGGCGACAGGGGUUGAUGGCGCUGAUUGUCCUAGCAGACCAAAAAUACCAGGAUCCCGAUGCCCAAAGGGGCGCAUGGCGUUGAAAAGAUGCGUGACCAUGGAGGCCCCAGCGGCCAUAGCAGCCUGCGCCUGUUCGAACGUGGCAUCAGAGUGUCCCACGGAAAAGACGAUGCCCCGUUUCACGAAUUCAGGGAUCAGAUUGAUCAUAAUCCCCCUCUCGGGAGCGGCGGUGAUGUACCUCACAUUGCGAAGAUUCUCCGCGCCGUAGCAUUCCUCGAUAUCGGCCCAAGAAUGCGCCUCCCGUAACACCUCCUUGUUGUGAAUUCCAUUUCGCACCGGCGAAAGAAAGGGUCCUUCGAUGUGUGCCCCAAGACUCUCUGAGCCGUUGCUCGCGUCGCGCGCCUUCCCGGAAGGACCGAGAUAAGGUAGCACGGCAUGAUAACUCUCCGGUGUCGUGCUGAUGACGGUCGGGACAAAUGAAGUAAGACCAGACUUGAUCAUCUGCUGAGUCGUGUGUGUCAACUUUGAGGCGAAGUCUGCGUCCGGCGUUGAGAAGUCAAAGUUGUGGGAGCCAUUAAUCUGAACAUCGAUAAAGCCCGGGGAUAGGAUCUUGCCUCGAAGAUCCACUGUUCUGUCGGGUCUCAGAUGCGAAGAAUAGAAGGCUGACUGGGAGCUCAGGAUCCGUCCCGUCUCGGACGAGACCCAGAGAUCACCAGGCACCAAUUCUCCAUCUCUGAGAAGAUAGCCGUUGGUGAACCUAACAACACGCGGAGAUGACGUCGACAUGGCGAAAGGGAGGUCGAGGUCAGUCAGCGAUAAGCGCAAGGAUUGUUACAACACGGGGAGGAGGGGGAAAGAAUAAAGGAAGGGACGAUUGCUCAUAGGGAAGCCCUACAAGAAUGAAGAAUCAAAAAAGCCCCAGCCCCGGGAGGCAGCAGUAUAGACUGAAAUAAUAUGAUGGACGAGGGUGGUAGCGGGAUAACCACAUAUUCGCCCCGGGGGUCACGUCAUAAGGUUUGUCUGGGAAUCUUUUUUCUCUCGCUGUGACAGGCGCAUCGAACAUUCUACUGGAUCCCGCAAGAUCCUGACAUCCGGGGCACGGCAGGCUGCGGAAAUGAGCGCAACAAAGCACCGUUUCGUUGGUAAGGGAAAUUCGAGGUGCGAAGGUGAGAGGCCCGUCCAGAAGGGGGACAGGGCGGGCUGCUCUCCUGUCAUGUUGCAGUGUCCAAGCACGUUGUAGCCACGACAGCAACACAAUUCGGUGGCAUCUCUCUGGGCAUUUGAGAAGUUUUGCUGGGAGGAAAUCGGGCAGUCAGUCCAGACCAUCGAGUAAUCGAGGUGAGAUUGAGAUUCAGGGGCUUUCGGCGAGGGAUCAGAUGGGUAGACAGAUGGAUGCAACGAUGGCUUCGAGGGGGAGGUUUGUGGUUGAUGAUGAGAAUGAGACUGAGAAGGCAGGGUAGCAACGGGCGAGACUUGGUGUAUGUAACCCUGAGGCGGAGAGGAUGCGACUCUGUUAUCGACGUCACGUGCGCUUGGCACUGCGCCCUCGCCCUCACGCCCUCGCACCCUCGCACUCUCGCGGCCUCCCAUCUGACAAUGUGUGGAGAGACAGCAAGGGACAGAUACACACAGCGCAGGCCAUGUACUCAAAGACACCUCUCGGAACACGGCUCGCUGGCUGGUGAGAACGACUCCUGAGCAACCGCUACUACCACGACCACUACCACGACUCCAUCCUCCCGCCCUAUCUCCCCCAUCUUUGCCGCAAUCAUUCCACACCCCUCGCUCGGCCUCCCUCCCUCCUUCCAUAUGCUCCCUGUCGCUGCAUUCUGGAAGGCUACAAUGCUACGGCUCUAUCUCUCUAUCACUCUAUCUCUUCGCUGAACCGCUGCCCUGAUACCUCCAAGGUAACCAUUCGCCUUAGUGUGACUGGUGACACUGUUGGACGGAACUCUACCAUUGACCUCGAGACCUGGUUGAUACUGUUCUAUAUUACUUCCUCGUCUCCUCCUCCUCCGUCCGUCCUCCCCCCGUUCCUCCAGCUCUUGUCCACAGGUGCACGCGACCUCAUCUGCUCAGACUCGAGUCCAUAUGAGCCAGACUCCACUAGGAAUCUGCCCCGAGACUCCGCAAUUGAUCUCCGCUCGCCACCUAAAAUCGUCCCAACUUUAAAUCUUCUGAGCCUCGCCCCGAACCUCCCCAACUCCUUCCUUCCUUGUUCUCUCCCUCUCAGCAUUGCUUGAUCCCUUUGCAAUGUCUGACGUCUCCAACGAAAAGAUGGCUACUACGACCGAGAAGUCUGGCACCGACACGCCGCCCGAGAUCAUCCACGGCGGUGAAGAGACAAAGCCCAUGGGGAAGCCAUGGAUGUACAAGAAACUUAAAUUGGGUCCCAUCACCAUUCCCGCAUAUGCAACACCUCAAUUCCAGAUCGUCUUUGUUGCGCUUGUAUGUUUCUUGUGCCCGGGUAUGUUCAACGCAGUCAACGGUCUGGGCGCCGCUGGUCAAGUCAACGCGCACGACAUCAACAACGCCAGCACGGCGAUCUACGCCACCUUCUCCGUGGUGGGCUUCUUUGCUGGUAGCAUUGCCAACAAGAUCGGUCUUCGCUUGACCUUGGGAUUUGGUGGUUUCGGAUACGCCCUCUACAUUGCCUCGAUCUUGUCCUACAACCACAACCAGAAUGCAGGCUUCCUCAUCUUCGCCGGUGCCCUGCUGGGUGUUUGCGCUGGUCUGCUGUGGACUGCCCAAGGUGCCGUGAUGAUGUCCUACCCGCCCGAGCAUGCAAAGGGUCGAUACAUUGCCGUCUUCUGGAUGAUAUUCAACCUGGGUGCCGUGAUCGGUGCUCUGAUCCCCCUGGGCCAAAACCUGCAUUCCACCGCCAACAAGGUUCAGGAUGGAACCUACAUUGCCUUCAUCGUCCUCAUGGCCGUGGGCUUAGUCCUGGCGGGAUUCCUCUGCAACCCUUUCCUUGUUCAACGCAGUGACGGAUCGCGCGUCAUUCUUAUGAAGAACCCGACCUGGAAAUCCGAGAUCAAGGGUAUGUUCCAGGUCUUGGUGACCGAUUGGUACAUCAUCUUCCUCUUCCCCAUGUUUUUCGCCUCCAACUGGUUCUACACCUACCACUUCCAGGACGUGAACCUGCCCUAUUUCAACAUCCGCACUCGCUCCUUGAACAAUGUCUUGUACUACCUGUCCCAAAUCAUUGGCGCCUGGAUCUUCGGCUUCUUGCUGGACACGACCUACUUCCGCCGCACCACGCGCGCCAAGAUCGCCAUCGGCGCGCUCUUCGUGCUCACCUUUGUCAUCUGGGGCGGUGGCUAUGACUUCCAGAAACUAUACAACCGCACCGAGACCACUGCCGACGACUAUCAUAAGCUAGACUUUACCGAUCCCGGCUACGUCGGCCCUAUGUUCCUGUACAUGUUCUACGGAGCUUACGACUCUGUGUGGCAGACCACUUCGUACUGGCUUAUGGGCGCAAUGACCAAUAACGGGCGCAAACUCGCCAACUUUACCGGCUUCUACAAAGGCAUCCAGUCCGCCGGGUCGGCCAUCUCGCCCCAACUCGACGCCAACCUCGUCCCCUUCAUGACCCAGUUCGCCGUCAACUGGGGCAUGCUCGCGGGCUCUCUCGUCGUCGCAGCCCCCAUCAUCUGGACCAAGGUCAAGGACACGACCGACAUCGACGAGGACCUGAAAUUCACCGAUGAGACGAGGGAGGACGUCCUGCCCCCGAGCCCCGUCGGACCCAUCGUGGGUGCCGAGGGCAUGAUGGCCGAGAAGGAGGAGAAGAUGUAAAAGGCCGGAGGGGUAAAUUCUCACGUGGAUGUGACGAGUCAUCAGGAGGAUGAGAACCCCCUUUCUGGCUCUUCCCACGCCGCUCUCUUCAAUACAGAAAUGUCUUGAGGACGAGAGAAGGGAUGGGCAUAAAGGGGAGAAAAUAUUCUAUCUAAUGGGACCGGCUGUUGUACGAGAAGAGAGUCCUCGAAGGGACUUUGACGUGGUGGUUGGUGAUGCUGGUCGUGCUCGUCGACUGUGGAUGCGACUAAAGCAGAAAUUCCCCUUUUAGCCGCCAUUGCCACCAUCCUUCCUUGCAUAUCCGCUCGGAGUCGUGGCUCUCAGCGAAACGGGGCUUAUUCUUGGUGUUGAAUACCUAGGUAUAAUGGAGCGAAACCCCCUUUUUUAUGAUACCAGGCACUGGCAGGGAGGGGAAAGACACAUACCCACGACCGACCUUUACAUAUGUACCCUUAACUCUUAUGAAUCACAAUUACCUUGACGCGAAGGACAGGACCUCUAUCUUAUUCGGUUCACAUGUCAUUGUUGCAGGGCAACCCUGACCUAGCAAGUACCUAGGCAGUUGUUUAUGCUAGCUGAG